AUGGCGACACACUCGGCAGCGGCAGCACCAUCGACUACAGCACAAAGAAGCCCAAGCCUGAGCAGCCGCUCGUCCAGCCGCGCUGACUCGAGCCGCGGCUUCCGUAACCAGCAGCAAGGAUCCGGGAGGCAGUCCCGACAGGGCGUACGACCAUCAAGGAGCAAUAACGACAUGAACGCUGCCUACGGUUCGCGAACAGAGUUCCGCAAGCCGCGCGGUGGACAGCGCGGUGGGCGUGGCCGGGGCCGUGGCGGGUGGACGAACAAUUCCGGGCACUACCAGGGUGGUAACACAUAUGCAAAUCAGCAAGCCAACACAUAUGCGAACCAGCAAGCCAACACGUACGCAAACCAACACGCCAACACGUACGCAAACCAACAAGCAGCACAACAGAACGGAAUCCCGAUAGGCAACCGGCGCGGUUCGCGUGACCGCAGCUUGAGCAACGAGCGGAUGGGCAGCAUGGAGCGCUCGCGCGGGUGGGGCCGGCCAGGGUCGUACGGGCGUCAGCAGCGUGCUGACAUGGCUGACCGCUGGGAGCACGACCGGUUCGAGGGCAAUCGCUCACGGGCGCGCAGCGGCAGUAACAGCGAGCGCUGGGAGACCAGCGAGUCCGGAGUACCGCCAGUCAUUGGCAAGGAGGGAAUUGCGCACGUCAUAAUCCAUAGACGCGGCAGCAGCGGGUCGGCACGCGGCCCGCCGGAAGUUAUCACUAGCGGACUGCCUCCUCAACGCCAGCAGACAUUCCGCCGUGGGAGCUUGGGCGCUGAACAGGCGCCAGUAGAGCCGCCAAGCGAUCCUGCUGCUGAGCCCCUGACACCAACGAUCAAGGAGGCUGACAAUGAAGCUGAAGAGGAGUGGGAAAAUUUUGUUGCAAACGGUGGGUUGGACAUGCCGCUGGAGCGGAUUACUGAUGAUUUGUGUCGGCAGCGGGCGCGGGAGCACCAGAAGCCGCAACAGAGAGAGACAACGGUUGAUGCUCUUGAACCAGUUGCGCAGACAAAGCGGAGCAGCUCGCGUGCUCCACCGCGUGUUCUGGCAUUGGAUGAUGAGGACGAUGACGAUGACGAUGAAGAGGAGGACGGCGAUGAUGAUGAGAAGCUUCAACCGACUAGCUCUGCUCAUAUUGCCGGCCAAGGGAUUUCCAUCCGUGGAACAGCAAAGAAGGCAAGCCCGCCAGCUAGCUACACAGUGUCAGGCGAGGGCAAGAUGGCGACGCUGGUGAUUGACCAGGUCGCAUCGCCGCGUGUGCGCCGGCCGAGCAUUCCGAUCCCUGAGAAGGCAGCACGCUAUGCUUCGCCACCUAGCAGUGCAGGCAUUCGGAUCAAGGGCACAAGCAAUGGCACUGUACGGGUAGCGCCGACGCAGCCUACGAAGCCUACGCAGCCUGUGCGGCCCUCACCACCGGCGUCGCCACGGUCGCGAUCGCGCUCGAGCUCGACGGAGCGCACGCGCACGCCACAAGCUUCAGUGUCGACGUACGUGAAGCGGCAGUUUGAGGGAUACGAUGAGGACCGCGGGAGGCAUCAGUUUUCGAUCAAUAUUGCAUAUGAAGAUGGGCGGUAUGCGCCGAUCCAUGUGCACGAGCGCGACGAUGUGGCGAAAUUGGCGGCCAAGUACGCACGCACCUGGCGGGUGCAUGGAAAGGAGCUACGGAUCAAGACAACCUUGUCCAAGAUGAGGGCGGCGGUUCUUGAAUCCCAGCUGUUGUAA